GUGGAGUGCGGACCUGUGCUUCUCCUCUGCCCUAAGCCGAACCACCACCACCACCACCAUGGCCACCAACCGCGUAGGGGCUGACUAUAACAACUGGAUCAACGGCCUUAGAGCUAACUACGCCAGGGACCUUAGACGCCGGAACGAGGUGGAGGAGGAGGCCGAGAAACCCGCCACCGGAGCCAACAAGGUCGAGAGGGUUCACUGGUACAUCAAACCCAACGCCCAAAACCACAAGACCAUCAAGUAUGACCUCAUUCACGACAAGGAGAACCCCAAACCUGUGCUCCGUCGAGGCCAGCCCUUCUACCUGGCCGUCCGCUUCACUGAGAACUUCGACCUGGAGAAGGAUAGGGUCGUGCUCAACUUCAAAUUUGGCCACAAGCCGUCGGUGUCGAAGGGAACCCUGGGCAUCGUGGCGGUAAAAAAUGACAAGUUUACUCUGACCAAGGACGAGUGGGACUGCCGAGUGGACCCAGGCACGCGCAACAAGGACCUCGUAGUGCAGGUGUACGUGCCCGCCAGCGCCUGCGUGGGAAUCUACCAUCUGGAGGUGCUCACGGGCCUUCAGAGUGAGCCCGAGAAACCUAUGAGGCACUACAAGGAUGAGACUGAUUGUUACAUUCUCUUCAACCCGUGGUCCAGAGAUGACGCUGUAUUCAUGGAGGACGAGGCGAAGAGGGAGGAAUAUGUCAUGAACGACCAGGGCAAGGUGUACGUGGGCGCCUAUCGGAGGUCUCGCGGGCGGCCAUGGGCGUUCGGGCAGUUCGAUGACGUGGUGCUUCCCGUCGCUGUCUACCUCCUGGAGAUCAGCCGAGUUGCCGACCCCGAACGUGGCAACCCAGUGAAAGUCGUGAGGGGUGUAUCGGCUGGGGUCAACUCAAGCGACGACGAGGGAGUGCUUGAAGGCCGCUGGGACGGGGAGUAUUCGGAUGGAGUGGCGCCCUACCAGUGGAGUGGCAGUGUGCGCAUCCUGGAGCAGUAUGUCACCUCGGGGUACAGGCCGGUCAAGUAUGGGCAGUGCUGGGUGUUCUCCGCGCUGGUGACCACAGUCUGCCGCGCGCUGGGCAUCCCCUGUCGCUCCGUCACCAACUUCGUCUCAGCUCACGACACCAACUCAUCGCUCACCAUCGACAAGUUCUUCGACAAGCAGGGCGAGGAGAUCGAGGGUGGCCCAGACGGCGAGAACUGGGACUCCAUCUGGAACUUCCACGUAUGGAACGACGUGUGGAUGACGAGGAACGACCUGCCGCCGGGCUAUGGGGGGUGGCAGGCCAUCGACUCCACCCCGCAGGAGGAGAGCGACCACAAGAUGCAGUGCGGCCCUGUGUCCCUGGUGGCGGUGCGUCGCGGGGACAUCGGCCUGAGCUACGACGCGCCCUUCGUGUUCGCCGAGGUGAACGCUGACGUCAUCCACUGGGGCGAGGACAAGGAGAGCGAGUGGGGUUGGAGCAGGAUGAAGCUGAACAAGUACCACGUCGGACGAUCGAUCCUGACGAAGAGCGUAGGCAAGGACGAUGACGCAGGGCAGGAUGACCAGGAGGACGUGGUGGAGGAGUACAAGAACAAGGAGGGCACGACGGCGGAGCGACUGGCCAUCCACAACGCCAUCAGGGGGUCAGCGCGCGCCAGGCAAUACUACAACUUCAAGAGCGACGUCAAGGAGGAUGUUGUGUUCGACCUCAUUGACAUUGACAAGAUUAUCGUGGGCCAGCCAUUCCAGGUCAAGGUGGUGGUGCGCAGCGAGGCGGACGAGCCCCGGACGGUGACUGCCUUCCUCAACGCCCGGUCGCUCUACUACACCGGCGUCAGCGUCUCCCACAUCAAGAAGGCCGAGGGAAAGUUUGUGCUGGAACCAAAAGGGACACAGGAGGUGGCCAUGACAGUACAAUACAGCGAGUACUGGGCCAAGCUGGUGGAGCAGUGCAUGAUGAAGAUCUACUCCAUCUGCCGUGUGGAGGAGACGGGACAGACCUGGACUGACGAGGAUGACUUCAACGUGGAGAAACCGACGCUGAAUAUACAGAUGACCGAUAAUGAGGUGCGUGUUCGGAAAUCCUGCGAGGCGACCUUCUCCUUCACCAACCCGCUGGACGUCCCUCUCACGGAUUGCAAGCUCAGUGUGGACGGGGCCGGCCUCAUGCGUCCAAGGGCUAUCACCAUCAAGCAAGACGUUGCCCCACAAGCUGAGUUCUCGCACACCAUAAGGUUCCUUCCACGCAUCCACGGCCAACGUAAAAUCAUCGCCACCUUCAACUCCAAGGAACUCUUUGACGUCAACGGCAGCAAGACCGUAGAAGUACUGAAGCAGGAGUAGGAGGAGGAGUAGGAGUAGGAGUAGGAGGAUUAGAAAAAAGGUAUUGAAGAAGAUGUUUUUAGAGUAUAAGUAAAGGGAUUGCGUUGAGAAGAGGUUUGAAGUGUUAGAGGUGCUUGGAGUAUGAGAGAAGGUAUUGAAGUAGAGGUUAGAGUAGUGUUGAUGGGGUUAGUGUUGUUGUUCAAGGGCUUAGAGGGAGAAUGAGUUAGAGGUUAGAGGUUGUUGAUAGUAAAGUAAGGUGCUGAAAUAAAGUGUUAGAGAGAGAGAGAGAGAGAGAGAGAGAGAGAGAGAGAGAGAGAGAGAAAGGCAGCCAUGGAGCUUUAAAUAAAACAUCCCAUUAUCUACAACAACAACAACAACAACAACAAGAAUCUUCCAGAAUUAUCACAACAACAAAGAAAAAAAAACACAACUGUCAACGGUAUUUCAGCUUGUGUGUGUGUGUGUGUGUGUGUGUGUGUGUGUGUGUGUGUGUGUGUGUGUGUUUAUGAUUACUACGUCUUCCAGUGUUAAGAUAGUUACGUGUGUGUGUGUGUGUGUGUGUGUGUGUCAGUGCGUAGACCAGCCUUCCAUGUUGCAGUGAAUGGCUCCAAUGCCUGUUUUUACUUUUCUUACGACAUUCAAAACAAAGAAUGAGAUAUCCAGUAAGUGUUUUGAUGAGCAGUAGCCUCCGUAAGCUAAGACUCCCUGUGCCUUAUUGUCAGCUAUUCUUUUUAACGAGAUAUUUUAUUAUGAAUGAUUUUUAUUGAUUUUAUUUUUCAUUAUUGUCAGAGGAAUAAACGAUAGCUCUUGUUUUCCUCCCUUUUGUCUUUUAUUCUGUUGCUUUUUAUUAACAAGGACAAAUCACUUUAAUUAUUGUAUUUAUUUUAUUGAUGGAGUAAUUAUCAUUUCAUCAUUAUUAUUAUUUCAGAUUAUAGUGUUACCUUAUAGACAACUUGCAUUAUUAGAUUCAUUUAUUUUAUUGAUAUACUAAUUGUUAUUGUUAUAUAUAUUAUCAUUUAUUAUAUAUAUGCACUGAUUUCUAUUGUUUUUAUAAUCAUUACUUUAGAGUUUGUGACAAGUAUUACAGCUUUUAUAACCUUGAUAAUUAUAACAGUAGUAAUCACAUUCUCCCCUGUCAUACCUGUAGCUUAUUCUCCCUCAAUUAAAACCUCUAUUGACGCUGCCCAGGUGAUAAGGUAAUGAGGUCCCACUAUCAGUAUUUUGCACUAUCAAUGUUCUUCACUAUCAAUGUUUUUCACUAUCAAUGUUUUUCACUAUCAAUGUUUUUCACUAUCAAUGUUUUUCACUAUCAAUGUUUUUCACUAUCAAUGUUUUUCACUAUCAAUAUUCCUCACUAUCAAUGUUUUCACUACCAGUAUUUUUCACUAUCAAUGUUUUUUCACUAUAUCAAUGUUUUUCACUAUCAAUAUAUAUUCACUACCAAUAUUUUCCUUGCGUCAUUUUUUACACGCCUACAAAUGCCAAGCUGUGCCAUUAUCCAUUAGUGUAUUUUCCAUUUGUCUAUUUCAACCUUAAGGGCUUAGGAUAGAGAUGAUUGGAUUCUUCUAAUAAAAUUUUCCACUUCUGA